UCGCCGGACAACGACAAGGAAAGUUCGAGCAACGGCAGCGACUCCGGUAAGAAGCGCAAAAGGAGGGUGCUCUUUUCCAAGGCACAAACUUACGAACUCGAGCGCCGGUUUAGGCAACAGAGGUAUCUGUCAGCACCGGAGAGGGAGCAUCUCGCCAGCUUGAUCCGCCUGACUCCAACCCAAGUGAAAAUCUGGUUCCAGAACCAUCGAUACAAAAUGAAGAGAGCCAGGGCGGAGAAAGGUAUGGAAGUGACCCAUCUCCCUUCUCCUAGGCGGGUGGCCGUGCCUGUGUUAGUCAGAGAUGGCAAGCCCUGCCAUACGCUAAAAGCUCAGGACUUGGCAGCUACUUUUCAGGCUGGAAUUCCGUUCUCCGCGUAUAGCGCCCAGUCUCUCCAGCACAUGCAAUAUAACGCGCAUUACAGCGCCGCCACCACACCACACUUCCCAACAGCACAUCACUUGGUGCAAACGCAACAGUGGGCUUGGUGAACAAAUACUGACUUGCAAAUGCAGGGCUGCAUUUUAAAGACCGUGGUAGGGAGCUUUCCAAACAAAAAAUACAAGACUUUUUAUUUUUGCAGCUUGACCCUUUCUCACCCAUUUAUUUUGGGGAUUGACGUGUGCGCCAUGUUUACAUGUUUUCGUUCAGAAAACCGGGUCAAGCCUCUCCCCAAAUUUAAGAAUGUUAAAGCUCUUGUGAAAUUUUGUAAAGUAUGUUUGUGUGUUGUAGAAAUGUUUUCCUUUUGUCCUUCGUGUUAUAAGCACGUGCAAAACCACUUUAUGAUUAUAGAAAAUUGUAUUUCUUUCUUUUACAAUGGACCGAAUAUAUUUAUGGCCAUGAAUAAACAUUGGCAAUCUUUAGCUUAUUACAUUGGUUUGUUUUCUAUGUAAAUAUUUUGUGAUAACUGUUUGCAAUAUUAUGUUUGACCGUCCAGUAAGCUAUAUUUAGGGAAAAUGGAAAAUCAGUUGUCGAUAAAUAUCCCUCAUGUUAAUUUCAGUAACACCGCGCGCUGGCGAG